AUGGGAAGACCACGAGCAGUGCGUACUCAUGAGGAAGAAGCUGGCCACCGCGAGCGUGAGCAAAAGUUGGCUCGUCGACGGGCUCGUCAUCGUAGGGCCGACCCCGAGCUGCGCACCAAAUAUGCUGAGUUUAAACGGCAGCGCCGGAAGGCCUACCCCGAGCUGCGCGCCCGAGACGCGGAAACACAUUGGCAGCGCCGAGAGGCCGACACCGAUGUGCGCGCCCAGGACGCGGAACACAUUGGCAGCGCCGGGAGGCCGACCCCGAGCUGCGCACCCGAGAAGCCGAAGCUCAAUGGCAGUGCCGAAAGGCCGACGCCUAGCGGCACGCCCGAUACGCGGAAACACAUCGGCAGCGCCGGGAGGCCUACCCCGAGCUGCGCACCCGAGAAGCCGACGCUCAAUGGCAGUGCCGAAAGGCCGACGCCUAGCGGCGCGCCCGAUACGCGGAAACACAUCGGCAGCGCCGGGAGGCCUACCCCGAGAUGCGCACUCGAGAAGCCGACGCUCAAUGGCAGUGCCGAAAGGCCGACGCCUAGCGGCGCGCCCGAUACGCGGAAACACAUCGGCAGCGCCGGGAGGCCUACCCCGAGCUGCGCACCCGAGAAGCCGAAGCUCAAUGGCAGUGCCGAAAGGCCGACGCCUAGCGGCGCGCCCGAUACGCGGAAACACAUCGGCAGCGCCGGGAGGCCUACCCCGAGAUGCGCACUCGAGAUUCUGAAGCUCAAUUGCAGUGCCGAAAGGCCGACGCCUAGCGGCACGCCCGAUACGCGGAAACACAUCGGCAGCGCCGGGAGGCCUACCCCGAGCUGCGCACCCGAGAAGCCGACGCUCAAUGGCAGUGCCGAAAGGCCGACGCCUAGCGGCGCGCCCGAUACGCGGAAACACAUCGGCAGCGCCGGGAGGCCUACCCCGAGCUGCGCACCCGAGAAGCCGACGCUCAAUGGCAGUGCCGAAAGGCCGACGCCUAGCGGCGCGCCCGAUACGCGGAAACACAUCGGCAGCGCCGGGAGGCCUACCCCGAGAUGCGCACUCGAGAAGCCGACGCUCAAUGGCAGUGCCGAAAGGCCGACGCCUAGCGGCGCGCCCGAUACGCGGAAACACAUCGGCAGCGCCGGGAGGCCUACCCCGAGAUGCGCACUCGAGAAGCUGAAGCUCAAUUGCAGUGCCGAAAGGCCGACGCCUAGCGGCGCGCCCGAUACGCGGAAACACAUCGGCAGCGCCGGGAGGCCUACCCCGAGAUGCGCACUCGAGAAGCCGACGCUCAAUGGCAGUGCCGAAAGGCCGACGCCUAGCGGCGCGCCCGAUACGCGGAAACACAUCGGCAGCGCCGGGAGGCCUACCCCGAGAUGCGCACUCGAGAAGCCGACGCUCAAUGGCAGUGCCGAAAGGCCGACGCCUAGCGGCGCGCCCGAUACGGGGAAACACAUCGGCAGCGCCGGGAGGCCUACCCCGAGAUGCGCACUCGAGAAGCUGAAGCUCAAUUGCAGUGCCGAAAGGCCGACGCCUAGCGGCACGCCCGAUACGCGGAAACACAUCGGCAGCGCCGGGAGGCCUACCCCGAGCUGCGCACCCGAGAAGCCGAAGCUCAAUGGCAGUGCCGAAAGGCCGACGCCUAGCGGCGCGCCCGAUACGCGGAAACACAUCGGCAGCGCCGGGAGGCCUACCCCGAGCUGCGCACCCGAGAAGCCGACGCUCAAUGGCAGUGCCGAAAGGCCGACGCCUAGCGGCGCGCCCGAUACGCGGAAACACAUCGGCAGCGCCGGGAGGCCUACCCCGAGAUGCGCACUCGAGAAGCCGACGCUCAAUGGCAGUGCCGAAAGGCCGACGCCUAGCGGCGCGCCCGAUACGCGGAAACACAUCGGCAGCGCCGGGAGGCCUACCCCGAGCUGCGCACCUCAGAAGCCGAAGCUCAAUGGCAGUGCCGAAAGGCCGACGCCUAGCGGCGCGCCCGAAACGCGGAAAUACAUCGGCAGCGCCGGGAGGCCUACCCCCAGCUGCGCACCCGAGAAGCCGAAGCUCAACGGCAGUGCCGAAAGGCCGACGCCUAGCGGGGCGCCCGAUACGCGGAAACGCAUCGGCAGCGCUGGGAGGCCUACCCCGAGCUGCGCACCCGAGAAGCCGAAGCUCAAUGGCAGUGCCGAAAGGCCGACGCCUAGCGGCGCGCCCGAUACGCGGAAACACAUCGGCAGCGCCGGGAGGCCUACCCCGAGAUGCGCACUCGAGAUUCUGAAGCUCAAUUGCAGUGCCGAAAGGCCGACGCCUAGCGGCACGCCCGAUACGCGGAAACACAUCGGCAGCGCCGGGAGGCCUACCCCGAGCUGCGCACCCGAGAAGCCGACGCUCAAUGGCAGUGCCGAAAGGCCAACGCCUAGCGGCGCGCCCGAUACGCGGAAACACAUCGGCAGCACCGGGAGGCCUACCCCGAGAUGCGCACUCGAGAAGCUGAAGCUCAAUUGCAGUGCCGAAAGGCCGACGCCUAGCGGCGCGCCCGAUACGCGGAAACACAUCGGCAGCGCCGGGAGGCCUACCCCGAGCUGCGCACCCGAGAAGCCGAUGCUCAAUGGCAGUGCCGAAAGGCCGACGCCUAGCGGCACGCCCGAUACGCGGUAA